GGGGUUCAAAUAGCCAUUGUUGCUGACGAUGGCUUCUAUGCUGGACAUCGAGAUAAGGCACUUUUCGAAUGCAUUGAAAACGGUGUCAUUACUGACGUUUCCGUUAUGAUGAAUGGUGGAGUUGUUAGAUCCUCGGGUCUCUUCCCAGCACAUUCAGUAUUGUUUGACUAUUGCAAGGAAAAUUCAUUUCUUCCAGGGUUGCAUGUAAAUCUCUCUGAAGGAGAACCUCUUAGUUCUAAGUCUGUAAUUUCUUCUCUCUUGGACAGCCGAACUGACCUAUUUUUUGACAAAACAAAUCUUAGGAAAAACCUUUCUUCUGUGGAUUUGCACCAUGUUUAUGUUGAAGUAGAGAACCAAAUAAUCAAAUUUGAGCAAAUUUUUGGGACACCUCCAUUGCGAGUUGAUGGGCAUCAGCAUUGUCAUGUUUUGCCAGGCAUUGUUGAAGUUCUUUCACGCCUUCUGCCUCGUCAUAAUAUAUCCUGGAUUCGAAUACCCGAAGAAAGUCUACUGAAACAUGAUAAACCUAAAGAAUUAAUCUCAUCUCUACAUCUAGUUGGUAAGAUUUUGACUGGUCGAGUCAAGGCUGCAGCUCUCUGA